CGCUUCUGCUCUCUUCUCCCCGAGCUCGAAGCCGACCAUCCAUGGCCACCGUCUCGCCGGAGUUCAUCCUCCGCCGGACCUCCACCUUCCUAGACGAGGCCUUCUCCCAGACCGACCUCCGUCGAUCCGUCCUCUCCUCCGCCCGGCGCCGCCUCACCUCCCCCGAUCCUACCACACUCCAGGCCCUCGCCCUUCUCUCUCAGCCUACCGACUCCUCCUUCUCGGCCUCAUCCUCCGCCUCCACCGGAACAACCUCUCGCCCCUCGCCGUCAGCCCUCCGCACAGCUGAGAAGCUCCUCCUAACCCUCCCCUCCAAGAACCCUCUCUCCUCGCUCCUCCUCGCUUUCGUCCACGCCCUCCGCCAACGCCAUCGCGAAGCCGCCCUCUCUCUCCUCGAUCUCUUCGCCCUAGCCCCCUUCGCCGCAAGGUACGAGGUCGCAGCCCCUGUCUUUGAAGACCUCUUCAUCCCCCACCUCCUCCCCGCCAUCCAAUGGUUCGCCGAUCAGCGAUCUCGGAUCCUCGCCUCCCAGCCCUCCUCCGGGAUCGAUGACGACGCAGGGCGAUCGAUUGAGGUCACCGCCGCCAUCAGCCUACUAUCGAGGAUGAGCGGCGACCAGGCGGAGGAGCUGAAGGAGCUGGAGCGCGGAUACGAAGACGUCCUCGAUGAGAACACCAUGGCGUACGCCGGAUACCUUAAGGAAGUCCUUGAAUCGCGUGAUGGCGAGUGGGAAGCUCUUCUUCCUCCCCAGCUGAUCUUGACGAAGGUCAAGAGAAACAAAGGGGUCUUCGAGGGUAUUCAAGAGGAGGAUGAAGAUGAUGAGGAUGACGAUGAAGGGCAAGGGUUUGGAUCAAGGCCAAAACUCAGUUCCAGGAAUGGACGCUAUAAUCCAAUGUGGUUGGAAGAAGAACGAUCAGAUGAAUUUCUCAGUAGACAAAGCAGCAGGGUUCAAGACAAGAAUGUAAAAGUUUCCGCUAAAUAUUCUCAGAGACCUUCUCCUCAGAGAAUCACCAGACAACCAUCCACUGACAGCUCAAAUGGCAAUGCAAACUUAUUCUCCGAUUUCAGACCUGGGUCUUCUUCUUCAUCUGAGAACUCUGUGGUCAGUGAUGCUGAAUUUGACCCAGGAAUACUACAGGAAAAGAAAACAAGGAAAGCAUCAUUCGGCAGUGACGAAAAUCAGUACCAAGAGCAAGAACAAACAUCUUCAGAAACAACCUGCUCAUCAAAUCAUCAAAUGGUUGACCCAGAUGGCAUCCUUGCAUCUGGUAAACCUACUCCUCCCAAGGACUUUGUGUGCCCAAUAACUAGUAACAUUUUUGAUGAUCCUGUGACGCUGGAGACUGGCCAGACUUACGAGCGCAAAGCCAUCCAAGAAUGGCUGGACCGUGGGAAUUCUACAUGCCCCAUCACACGCCAAACACUUAACAUCACCCAACUACCAAAGACCAACUAUGUGCUCAAACGACUGAUAGCAAGCUGGAGAGAACAGAACAAUGCCUACUCCACCCCAGCUAGAUCAGAGAACCCUUCUCCAAAGGAUGCUAGAGAUUUCAAUCUAUUGAAGCGGGCGCCUUCCCCAACCAGUGUCAUUAGCCAAGCUUCCAUUGAUGGUGCAACAGGUGAUCUACGCCAAGCGAUAUCACGAUUAUGUACAUCUGAGAUUCUGGGCGAGUCUGAGAAGGCUGUUCUCCAGAUCGAACGGUUAUGGAGGGAAGCUGGGACAGACCCUGAGAUCCUACCAGUUCUCUCUAAACCUGCUGUGGUGAACGGAUUUGUUGAAAUUUUGUUAAACUCUGUGAAUGCGGACAUCCUAAGGUCAGCAGUGUUCAUGCUAACUGAAUUGGCAUCCAGGGACAAUUUCGUCAUCCAGACACUCACCAGAGUUGAUUCAGAUGUGGAUUGCUUGGUAUCUUUGUUCAAGGAGGGCCUUGUGGAGGCUGUUGUUUUGAUUUAUGUGUUAAGCUGUCCACCUGAGAGCCUCAUUGAGAUGGAUAUGCUGGAUGCCCUGGUGAUGGCUAUAAAUAGAAAGGAGGAUGAAUCUUUUGCAAUGUGCCUGAAACCAAGGAUUGCUUCCUUGUUCAUCUUGAACCAAAUGAUAAGAGUAGAAAAUCAAAAGAAUGUGUCAGAAUUCAUGGGUGCUUUAAUUUCUCGGAAUAUAGUUGAGGGUGUUAUCCCAUGCUUGGAAUCUGACUUGCUGGAUGAAAUGUUAGCUGCUGUUGAGAUAUUGCUGAGAUGCAUGGAGGAGGAUGGGAACUGCAGGGAGGAUAUUGCUGAUACUGCUGAAUUUGGACCUCUUUUAGAAAGCUUCUCCCUGGCAAAUGAUGCCCAAAGGUUCCAGAUUGUUCAAUUUCUCAAUGAGUUAGUGAAGCUUAGCAGGAGAACCUUCAAUGAGCAGAUUCUUCAUAUUAUAAAGGAUGGUGGUGCAUAUAGUACCAAGCAUGUUCUGCUUGUUUACUUGCAAACAGCUCUCCAUGAUCAAUCACUCCCUGUUGCAAGCCUUCUUCUCCAACUUGAUAUAUUGAUGGAGCCAAGAAAGAUGAGCAUUUACCGUGAAGAAGCCAUAGAUGCUCUUAUUUCCUGCCUCAGAAACACAGACUUCCCUAAAAGUCAGUUGUUAGCUGCUGAAACAAUCAUGGGUUUCCAAGGCAGGUAUUCAUCUGCAGGAAAAUCCCUUGCUAAAGCUUAUCUUCUUAAGAAGGCAGGCAUGAGCAAAAGUUACAGAGCUAUAAUGCGGACUGAGCAGAUGGGCCAUGCACUGGGAAAUUCCGAAGAAAACUUGGAAGAAGAGAAAGCCGCUGAGGAAUGGGAAAGAAGAAUUGCUUUUGCUCUAGUCAGCCAUGAAUUUGGAUUGAUUUUUGAGGCUUUGGCUGAAGGGAUAAAAAGCAGAAGGGCGGAAUUAUUCUCUACAUGUCUCGUGUCUGCGACAUGGCUUACUCACAUGCUCAGUAUUCUUCCUGACAUGGGUUUAAGAGGAGCUGCAAGGGUUUGCCUGCUAAAGCUAUUUGUUUCAAUUCUCAAGUCUGCUAGAGAUGUUGAUGACAAGGCCCUUGCCAUGCUUGCACUGCGAAGCUUUAUGUAUGAUCCUGAUGGAUUACAUGAUAUGGCUUCCUAUGUCAAGGAAAUUAUAAAGAGUCUCAGAGAGCUCAAGAAAUCUUCUUCUUUAGCUUAUGAAAUGCUGAAACUUUUCUCAGACGGACAGGAGUCUAGUGCAGAAAUGUGGAAUCACAAGGAACUGGUUCAAGUAGAUUGCAGCACUCAUGGAGAAGUGCUGUCCAUAGUCUGCUUCAAAAAUCGAAUAAUCACAGGGCAUUCAGAUGGAACUAUAAAGGUAUGGAGUGGGGUUGAGAGCCUUCUGAACCUAAUCCAAGAAGCACAUGAUCAUUCCAAAGCAGUCACUAGCUUGACAGUGUCUGGAGAGAGAAUAUAUAGUGGCUCAACUGACAAAACCAUGAGGGUUUGGAUCCUUCGCAAUGGAGAAAUUCGAUGUUCAGAAAUUCAUGAUGUGAAAGAUCAAGUCCAUAAUUUGGUUGUUGCUAAUUCCAUUUCAUGCUUCAUUCCCCAAGGAGCUGGCGUCAAGGUAAUUCUGUUGAAUGGUGGCUCCAAGUUGCUUAACCAGAGUAAGAAUGUCAAAAGUUUGGCUCUCACACAAGGAAAACUCUACUGUGGUUGCCAGGAUAGUAGCAUACAGGAGAUUGAUCUAGCUACAGGCACAGUGGGUACAAUACAAUCAGGGAAUAGAAAGUUGCUAGGAAAGUCGAUUCCAAUACAGACAAUGCAAGUUCAUGAUGGAUUCCUCUAUACAGCCAGCAAUUCAAUUGAAGGACCAGCAGUUAAGGUUUGGAAUACUUCAAAUUACAACUUAGUUGGCUCUUUGCCAACAAACUCAGAAGUUCGGUCAACUAUUGCAAGCUCAGAUUUGAUAUAUUUAGGCUGUAAGAUGGGAACUGUGGAGAUUUGGUCUAGACAGAAGCUCAGUAAAGUCUCAACCCUACAGACAGGAACCAACGGUAAAGUUCAAUGCAUGGCUAUUGAUAGUGAUGCAGAACUUUUAGUCGUCGGGACAUCAGAUGGAAAAAUUCAGGCAUGGGGUCUAACCUGAAGGACACAGGUGAAUGUAAAUUAUAUAUAUAUAUAUAUAUAUUAUGGAUUUGUCUUGUGAUGGGGAAUAAGGAAGAGUUCAUUGUAUUAAAUUCAUUUGCAAUUUCGUAAGGCUUUGCUAUUCAAUUAACCAUGGUAAUAAAUUUGUAAGUAUGUUAUAAGUUGGAGAAGUGAAAUUCUUUCCCAUUGGACGCCACUCACAUUACUAUUUAUUUGUAAAGAGAUUCCCAAGUGAUCAAAGACUAAUAGAAUGGUGCAUAUGACUAUUGUUUAUAUUGUUUAAUUUUCAGUUUAAAGUAGUAUUAGUUAUCAUUUGUUAUUUGUUUAUACUGUUUCUUCUACCCAAAAACAAAGGUUAAUUAAUUUAUACGUGACAACAACAAAAGAACUUGAGAAGAUGAAUCAUCCUGCUGACAAGAAGAUAACAUUAAUUAUAGAUAAACAUGAAAACAUAAAGAGAUAGCAUGCACUAUAAGUAUAUGCCAAUAAUAUUAAUGUUAUAAUGCAUGAAUAUAUGGUGAAAUCUAAUUAUUUAUUUAAAGUUUUUUUUGCCUGCCUACCCUCCGUAAAGAUAGAUAAUUACUCAAGUAUCUAUUGCCACAACUCUAUUUACUUGGAUAUCUUCUUACAUCCUUGCUUAUUCUUAUAACUAAAAGGCAACUAAAAAUCUUAUUUAUAUAAAAAAACCUCACUCUCUUCCACUGGUGAGGAGUAAACCUUUUUAUAAUACCAAUUUU